UCCUACUCAACCACACGUCGCCCUUCCCCGAUCCACCUGGAUCCGCGGAGAAUCCCACCGUCCGUCGCUACACAGUUCCAGAUCAAGACCCACCAUGUCGCUCUCCGGAGACCGGUCCAACUCCACCCUCGGUGGGAACUUCUCCUCCAGCGAUUCCACCCCCGGGGACCUCAGCAUCCAGUGGACAGCGCCCACCGUCUUGUUCACCAUCAUCACCGCCCUCACCUUCCUGCUCGGCGUCCCCGGCAACGGUGCGGUCGUCUGGGUGACGGGCUUCAAGAUGAAGAGGGGCGUCCACACCGUGUGUUUCCUGAACCUGGCUGUGGCGGACCUGACCUACUGCCUCAUCGUCCCCUUCCUGGUGUCCUCCUACUUCGUUCUAAGACCCUGGCCCCAAGAUAAAUUGCUCUGGAUGUUCCUCUUCUGCGCCGUCACUCUCAUUAUGUCCUCCAGCACCUUUCUGUUGACCCUGAUCAGCAUCUUCCGCUUCCUGGCCGUCACUCGGCCCAUCUGGUUCCGCCAACACCUUCGUCUGUCUUGGGUUCGUGCGGUCUGCUUCGGCGCCUGGGGCCUGUCCUUCCUCACCUGCCUGCCCAGCUUGCUGAUGGAGCAGAUUGACGUGCAUUUAGGGCACAAUAUCUUUACAGUGUUGCAUAUAGCUUGGGUGAUGUUAAUCUUCGGCCUCUCCGUGGUGAUCAUGGUCGCCUGCUAUUUCCUGAUUGCCCGGGAGCUGAGCAGGGACCAGUUCGCCAAGUCCAGGAAGACCGUCCGCCUCAUCGUGACCCUGGUGGUGGCCUUUAACGUCUGCUGGCUCCCCAAAACUGUGUGCAGCUUUAUCCAGGUCUUCCAACCCGUUACCAUUGAAUGGAUCUACAUCACCCUCAGCCUGGCCUCCUUCAACAGCGCCCUCAACCCCCUUCUCUACGUCUUCGCCGGCAGCGACUUCCGCCAGGUCUUCAAGCGCUCCCUGGCCGCCUCCCUCCGCCUGGCCUUAGCCGAGGAGGGAGUCACGGUUGGGGAACGUCCGUCCUGACCCCGCGGACCAGGAAUGAGGGACACCCCCCCCCCAACCCACCGGAUUGUGCUCAUGGCUGUCUCAUGGCACCAUUGACCAUCUGGUCGAAAGUCGCAUCCCUGUCAAUCAAGGUCUAGCUCCACCCACCCAUUAGUGCACGCCCUUGACCAUUGGGCCCCGUAAACACCUUUGUACCUGGCCCUGACCCAUUGGCUUGCUUGCAAUACCUGGGCUGGACAACCCAGCCCUCCAGCACUCUAAACAGUGCCACAUGUGCUUAGAUCUUUUCCUUUCGAUUGCUCCAGGAAUCGUGAAGCGAUCACUGGUAAGUGUGUGCCCUUCCACAACGCUUAGGAGCGUCCUAAUUAGA